AUGACGCCCACCCAAGCCAACGGCCACAAGCGGGCUCGUUCCCCUUUGGACUUUGAGCUUGUUGUGCCCGAGACGACUGCUACCGACCAAGCCACGCGGUCUUCUCCUCGGAUGGUUUUGAUGCACCUGAGCGCCCUGUUGUCUUGCGAGGAGUCCAUUACUUCUGUCUCUAGAACCCUUGCCGCCGAGGUCUUGCCCGAGGACGAUCUGCCCAAGUUCACAAAUGAAACAAUCGUUCGUGCCUUCACCAUGUCUCCGAUGGCGUUGGACAUCCUGGGAGACAUAAUCGGCCGUGACCUGACUCCCGAGGAAGCCAGACUUGCUAAAGAGAGCUACUCGCGGAUUCACCACGACGUGGGUGGGCCGCUGCUUGGGUUGGCGCCCCGAGCCAAGGAGUUCCUGGAGUUGAUGAAGCGCCACCGCGAAGAUAUCAAACUAGCAGUUAUCUCUCAGAAUCCCCCGGCAGCUGCGGCGAAACUGGCAGCCAUGGGCGUGGGCCACCUCGUUGACGUUAUCAUCCCGCGAAUCCACAUCCAGGUCCACUCCACCGACCCCGCAACCGCCGUCGACUUCUUCUGGGACCACUGGCAGCGGAUGGUCGCGCCGUCCUUCAUCACCCUCUGCCGCGGCACGCCCGCCGCCACCAACAUCGCCAACGGCACCACAACCCCCCCCAGCAGCGAGACUACCGCCGCCGCCACCAACAAGAAUGACACCACCCCCGUCCCAACUAACACCACCGCCAUUCCCAACACCCCCACCACAACCACACCCACCACGACAAACCCCAACACCACCCCCGCCCCCCUAACCCCCUCCCAAACCCUCGUAGUCUCCUGCGGCCUGUACGACCUGUCGAUCGCGCAGCCGAGCGGCGCCCAGACGUGCUGGGUGCGCCGGAUCCGGGACGAGGCGGCGGCGUCGGCGGCGGCGCGGGAGUCGACUUCGGUGCCACACGACAUGGUUGUGUCGGGGCUGGAUGAGCUGGGUGUGGAGUUGUUUGGGGAGGGGGUUGGUCGUCGUGGUGAGGGUUUGGGUGAGGGAGAGUUGAGUGAGGAGGGCUCGGUUGAAGAGAGCUCAGUUGAGGAGGGUUCGGUUGAAGAUGGCCCGGUUCAGGAGGCGAUGAGUGUGGCUUCUUCUAGUGAGGGCGCGGAGGUCGAGGUUGUCAAGGUGGUCACGGUUGCCGCCACCCUGGAGGAGUGA